AUGGCUAUUUUUUUGCAGUAAUACCAUACUCAAGUGACUAAACCAAUUAAUUUGCACUUUUUCAGGACUAUUUUUAAUUUUUUAACCAAAGAACCCAUUUUCAAGUUUUAGUCAUUUUUAAAUUCCUCAAGACUUGAAUUUCUCCAUAUCAUAAAUAAUGCUUCUGAACAUUUCAAGGAUUGGUACCUUUGGUCGGAGCUACUGCUCCUCGGCCCGCUCCCUCAAUGAUGUUGUUAUUGUCUCUGCCGCCAGAACACCUAUUGGAUCAUUUAGGUCCAGCUUGAGUGCCUUCAGUGCCCCUGAGCUGGGAGCUGUGGCCAUCAAAGCUGCAGUUGAAAGAUCAGGUGUGGACCCUGACAGUGUUGGUGAGGUCUACAUGGGACAUGUGGUGCAGGCUGGAGCAGGUCAGGCUCCUGCUCGACAAGCAACACUCAAGGCUGGGCUCAGCAAGGCCACUCCCUGCACAACUGUUAACAAGGUGUGUGCAAGUGGCAUGAAGGCCAUCAUGCAGGCAAGCCAAGCCCUCAUGUGCGGCUCCCAAGAAGUCAUGGUGGCUGGAGGCAUGGAGAGCAUGAGCAAUGUGCCAUACUACAUGGCCAGGGGUGACAGCCCGUAUGGAGGCGUGCAUCUCAAAGACGGCAUUGUAUUUGACGGUCUAACUGAUGUAUACAAUAAAUGCCACAUGGGGAAUUGUGGCGAGAACACUGCCAAGAAGCUCGGCAUCACCAGGGAACAACAGGACGAAUUCGCUUUAUCAAGCUACAGCAAGUCUGCCGCGGCGUGGCAGGCUGGAAAAUUUUCUGCAGAAGUGGUGCCUGUCACAAUACCAGGCAAGCGUGGCAAGCCUGAUACGGUCGUCACAGAAGAUGAAGAGUACAAGAAAAUAAACGUUGACAAGUUCAGAAAACUGGCCACUGUUUUUCAGAAGGACGGCGGGACGGUGACUGCAGGCAACGCGUCCACCCUGAACGACGGCGCGGCCGCUGUGCUGCUCAUGACCGCCGCUGCCGCCAGCAGCCGCGGCCUCAAGCCCCUCGCUCGCGUCGUGGGCUUCGCUGACGCCGCCACCGACCCCAUCGACUUCCCUAUCGCGCCCGCCCUGGCCACUCCCAAGCUGCUAUCGCUUUGUGGCGUGUCAAGCGAUGCGGUGGCCCGCUGGGAGGUCAACGAAGCGUUCAGUGUUGUGGUGCUCGCUAACAUCAAGCUCAGCAACCUCGACCCUGCGAGGGUUAACAUCAACGGAGGUGCCGUGUCGCUGGGGCAUCCCAUCGGAAUGUCGGGAGCUCGGCUGGUGGUGCACUUGGCCCACACUCUGCAGCCUGGCGAGUUGGGCGUUGCCAGCAUCUGCAACGGCGGCGGAGGAGCCUCAGCCAUCAUGAUAGAGAAGCUGCGGCAUCCAGCGACCGGAGGGAAGCCUGAGCUCACCAUGUACACGAAGGCGCCGUGCCCGCUGUGUGAGGUCGCUUUCGAGGUGUUAUCUCCUGUCAUGGCCGACCUGACUCUGAAAAAGGUAGAUAUCGCUGCUGCAGGGAAUGAGCAUCUAUCCAGGCUGUACGGCUGCGAAAUUCCCGUGUUUUUCUUCGAAGGACAAUACCUGAUGAAGCAUAGAGUAGAUCUACAACUAGUC